ACUGCAAAAAACAGCUGCCGUGAAUCUCAGUUUUAGAUUAAAAAAAAGUUUCGCAGUUAAAAAAAUUGCAGUCUAGUCAUAAUGAAGCACUUGAUCGCAUUCUUAUUAUUUGUGGCUUGUCUAUCCAGGACAUUGGCGGAUCCUCGCUACUAUGACAACUAUACGGUUUACAGGGUCCAUAUUAAAAACUCCCAUCAGCAAAUAAUAAUUGAUCAGUUGCUGGAACAACAUGAUAAUUACAAUUUAUGGCAUCGAACUGUCCGAGAAGUCCAUUUGAUGGUAAAUCCAAGAGUUCAAAGUGAAUUUCGCAAAAUAAUGUUGAAAGAAUAUAUUAAGAUUGAAAUAUUGAUACCAAAUGUUCAAGCACUUAUAGAAAAUCAAACAGGAUAUCGAAGGAUAUGAUAGAACUAUAAUUUACAGCAAUCCUGGUUCUCAUUAAAAAUUAAAAAAAAAAAAUUCAUUUAUUUAUUUUAUUUAAGCUUUAUUGUUUUCAAGGCCAGUUUAUAUGACUUUUAACAUUAUUAAAAAAAUAUUAUUUAUUACGGA